CCAAAACGAAGGAAGACACCAACAGGUGGUAUGAAUAUUGAGAGAACCACUUCCACAAAUGUUGCUGAGCCCAUGUUGAUCCUUGAUCACCCUGCAAAAUCUGCAGAGGUCACGGUGAAGCAGAAGAAGAAGAAGUAUUGUUUUGGGGGUGGUGGUAGGGGGGAGGGUGGUUAUGUGUCAGCAAAUAAGGAGAGCUAUCACAUGACUGAAAAUGCGAACGAAGCAAGAGAUGGUGACGAAAGUUUUAGGUGA